CCUGUUCCCACUUUGAACCCCCCCAAUUGAUUCCCCUCACCACUCUAUUCCCCUUCUCCAGUCCGCUAUCUCAUCCCCCGCCAUGGCCUCCUCGAAGUCGGUCGCGAGGCUGGUCGCCUACCGCCGGCCUGCGCCUUCUCUGUUGACCUCUUCUUUCCGUCCCUUGGGUUCAACCGCAAACUUCUCCUCCUCGGUGUGCCGGGCUGCUACCCCAGCUGGUCCCCCUCCAUCCGGUUUCCGUCUGGCUCCCCCCAAGAAAUGGGACGAGACCACCGAGUCCUCUUUGGACAAGGCCAGCAAAUACUUCCUGAUGUCGGAGAUUUUCCGCGGCAUGUACGUCGUGUUGGAGCAGUUCUUUAGACCACCUUACACCAUCUUCUACCCCUUCGAGAAAGGCCCCAUCUCCCCUCGUUUCCGUGGCGAACACGCCCUGCGCCGUUAUCCCACCGGUGAGGAGCGUUGCAUCGCUUGCAAGCUUUGCGAAGCUAUCUGCCCUGCUCAGGCUAUCACCAUCGAGGCCGAGGAACGUGAGGACGGAAGCCGUCGGACGACCCGUUAUGAUAUCGAUAUGACCAAGUGCAUCUACUGCGGUUACUGCCAGGAGAGCUGCCCCGUUGAUGCCAUUGUUGAGACUGCCAAUGCUGAAUAUGCCACCGAGACCCGUGAGGAGCUGCUGUACAACAAGGAGAAGCUCCUGGCCAACGGUGACAAGUGGGAGCCUGAAAUUGCCGCCGCUGCCAGAGCUGACGCUCCCUACCGUUAAAACAAUACCAGCUGCUUUCAUAUCACAAGGGCACUCUUGAAUUAGGUGUCACAUCACGUAAAUCCACCUUUAAAUAAGAUGGAUUCGAAAGAAUCUUAUCAUAAAAAUCACAUAAGGGAAAGACAAACUUUUCCUUCAGAGGAUAUCCAAGGGUCGACACCCUCAUCUUCCCACUUUGUACAUAUCUAACGCUUAGCCUGCUUUAUUACCAGAUGUACUAGUCGGGUUCACAGGGGAUCCCAGUCACUAGAAUUCCGGCUCUGUUCUUUUAUUGUCUUGAUGUUGGAGGGAAAUCCCGCAUGGCUUGUUCUUGUUUUCUAUACUGU